AUGUCGGCUAUAGUGUUUUGCCAGGAUCGGGUAAUGUCGUCUAUAGUGUUUUGCCAGGAUCGGUAAUGUCGUCCAUAGUGUUUUGCCAGGAUCAGGCUGCCCUUUCUCCAAUCAGUUUGUAUGCGAGAUGGCUGGCACUGUUCCUCUACUAGUCCGUGGCACAGGUUAUAUUGACAAUCGUGUAGCAUUGUUUAGGGAGCUUUGUGUUUCCGACAGUGACUUCCUGUCCUGGCUGCCCAUACAGUACCUCGGCUGAGUCUGAGUUAAGACGCGGAGAUGGUUCGGGUCAUUGGUUUCGAGUCGAAUGUCUCCCAGCUCCUGUGCGCUCUGCACGAGAUUGAACUUCACUCAACUUUCUCGAGUUUUUCCCCGUUAGUUAACACUAUCAACGUUUCCCUUUACUGUGGGAAUUGUGAUUGAAUCAAUGCAAUAUUAGCCACUUUCAAUGCAACAUACCGAAACAAAACAUGCAAGACUUAGUAUGCAUAACUAACUAUGCAAGAGGUUUUGUUGUAGGCAUAACGCAUUGGAGUAGGAUUCUAUUGCAUUGACAGGCAUACUCUCUACACAGACCGGUGUGCUGUAACCAGUCAGCGCUGCAGUAGGCCUAUAUGCAAAUAGACCAUUGCCAUAUAUGGAUCUGUGCCAUUCACUUUGAACUGGACUGUUUUUACAGCAUGAGUAGCUUGAUUGAGCCUCCGCCAUAUACAGGUCAACAUUCACAAGGCCGCGGGGCCAGACGGAUUACCAGGACAUGUACUCCGAGCAUGUGCUGACCAACUGGCACGUGUCUUCACUGACAUUUUCAACCUCUCCCUGACCGAGUCUGUAAUACCUACAUGUUUCAAGCAAACCACCAUAGUCCCUGUGCCCAAGAACACUAAGGUAACCUGCCUAAAUGACUACCUCCCCGUAGCACUCAGGUCGGUAGCCAUGAAGUGCUUUGAAAGGCUGUUUAUGGCUCACAUCAACACCAUUAUCCCAGAAACCCUAGACCCACUCUAAUUUGCAUACCGCCCCAACAGAUCCACAGGCCCAAAAAAUUGUCAAAGACUCCAGUCACCCAAGUCAUAGACUGUUCUCUCUGCUACCGCACGGCAAGUGGUACCGGAGCGCCAAGUCUAGGACCAAAAGGCUCCUUAACAGCUUCUACCCCCAAGCCAUAAGACUGCUGAACAAUUAAUCAAAUGGCCACCAUGAAUGGUCACUGCUGCUAUUUGCAUUGACAAACCCCCUGCUACUUGCUGUUUGUUAUCUAUGUAUAGUCACUUUACCCCUACCUACAUGUACAAAUUACCUCGACUAACCUGUACCCCCGCACAUUGACUCGGUACCAGUACCCCCUUGUAUAUAGCCUUGUUAUUGUUAUUUUAUUGUGUUAUAUAAAAAAAAAAAUGUUUACUAUAGUAUAUUUAGUCAAUACUUUCUUAACUCUAUUUUCUUUAAACUGCGUUGUUGGUUAAGGGCUUGUAAGUAAGCAUUUCACGUUAAGGUCUACACCUGUUUUUGAUUUCAUUUUGUUCCAGAGGCCUCAGUGCCCGUUUUGAGGGAGGAAAUAUCCUCCUGUUUCCAGAAGCAGACAAUCAAAGUGGUUCCUAUGUCGAAGAUCCAGGACGGCUGGUACAGCCGGUAUUUCUUGGUUCCCGAAAAGGUCUGGGACUUUGCAUCCCAUUCUAGACCUACGUGCCCUCAGCAAGCACCACAGAGUCUACAAUGCUCACGAGCCACCAGCUAUUACAGCCAAUUGGCUGGUGGUGGCGGAAUCGAGGGGGUAAGCGGUGUUUCACACAUCUGUCCUACUGUCCCGUAUUCAGUCUCUAGGCGUCAUAAGAAACCAGAAAAAAAGAGCUGUCUGACUCCAUCUCAGCGCAUUCCGUUUCUGGGUCACUCACUCGCGUGUUGCGUUUUUUUCUAUCUCCACGGAGGGUGUCCAGGUGGGUCACACAGUGUCUACGCCUACUGGGGAUGAUGGCUUCUGUGAUGGAAGUUGUUCCCGUGGGCUAUUGUUGAUGCGGGGCUUCCAGCGAGGAGCUGAUUUUUCAUUGGCAGGCGUGAUUGUAGAUCCUUCAACCAGAGUUGCGAGAGUUCAACUCCCCAUAGUGUGUUGUACCUCAUUUCCCUCCUUCAGGGAACAGUAGUAUUUCGUAUUAUUUAUUUUUUGUUGGUAUUAUUUCAUAUUCUGUUUCGUUUUGAACAACACUCUCUGUUUUCUUUUCCUUCCUUUUGGCUGUUGUUGAAACUGGGGUUACGUAGAUAACAAUAAACAUUUUCCAGAACGUUCUUGUUUGGUUCUCAUUUGGCUUGUGACAUUGUGUUAAUAGAUGUAUGUAGAUUGAGUGGGAGUUGCUGAUAUAGGAGGACCAGUUUUGCCUUUUUAGAUCACAAUAAAUAAUAUUACAUGGACAGAUAGGAUCUAAUCCAAGAUCAGCACUACUACACUGAGGGGUUGAUACAUAUGGCCCCUUGGUAAUGAAUCUCUUUCUUCAAAUCAAAUCAAAUCAAAUGUUAUUGGCCACAUGCGCCGAAUACAACAGGUGCAGACAUUACAGUGAAAUGCUUACUUACAAGCCCUUAACCAACAGUGCAUUUAUUUUUAACAAAAAAGUAAAAAUAAAACAACAACAAAAAAAGUGUUGAGAAAAAAAAGAGCAGAAGUAAAAUAAAAUAACAGUAGGGAGGCUAUAUAUACAGGGGGGGGGGUACCGGUGCAGAGGUACUGGUUUCUAAGCCCGUUCACAGAUUUGACGUCUUUGACAAGACAACAUAAGAUUCCGUAAUGAGGUUUCCAAGACCGUAAAGCUGAUGUGUUCAGUUCAUUUCUGCUCUGCUCUGUCUUUAAUGUCUGUAUCCCAAAUGGCACCCUAUUCCUUAUGUACAUGUAGUGCACUGCUUUUGACUAGGGCCCAUAGGGGUUUGGGACGCAGACUUUUUGGCCCAUCUGUGAUAUAUGACCUAAUUAAUAUUCAUAGAUUUCCCCUCACACCCUGCUGUGAUUGGCCUGCUGCUCAUGCAUAUGCAACAGGUUGGGAAGAGCAGAGUGGAGCUAUUAGUAUAAAACUAUCAUCAUAUUCUCUCUCUCUUUCUCACUCUCUGUCUCUAUUUCUCUCAUUCUAUUUCUCUCUCUCCUUUUAUCUUUCUCUGUUUCUCUCUCUGUGUCUUUCUCUCUCUCUCUCUCUCUCUCUGUGUCUUUCUCUCUCUCGCUCUCUCUGUGUCUUUCUCUCUCUCUCUCUCGCUCUCUCUGUGUCUUUCUCUCUCUCUAUCCCUCUCUCUCUCUCUCUCUCUCUCUCUCUCUCUUACUCUCUCUCUCUCUCUCUCUCUCUCUGUCUGUCUUUCUCUAUCCCUCUCUCUCUCUAGUCAGUUCAAUUUAAAGGGGCUUUAUUGGCAUGGGCAACAUACACUACAUGAUCAAAAGUACAUCUCAUUCUAAAAUCAUGGGCAUUAAUACGGAGUUGGGCCCCCCUUUGCUGCUAUAACAGCCUCCACUCUUCUGGGAAGGCUUCUACUAGAUGUUGGAACAUUGCUGCGGGACUUGCUUCCAUUCAGCCACAAGAGCAUUAGUGACGUCGGGCACUGAUGUUGGGCGAUUAGGCCUGGCUCGCAGUCUGCGUUCCAAUUCGUCCCAAAGGUGUCGAUGGGGUUGAGGUCAGGGCUCUGUGCAGGCCAGUCAAGUUCUUCCACACCGAUCUCGACAAACCAUUUCUGUAUGGACCUCGCUUUGUGCACGGGGGCAUUGUCAUGCUGAAACAGGAAAGGGCCUUCCCCAAACUGUUGCCACAAAGUUAGAAGCACAGAAUCGUCUAGAAUGUCAUUGUAUGCUGUAGUGUUAAGAUUUCCCUUCACUGGAACUAAGGGGCCCAAUCCGAACCAUGAAAAACAACCCCAGACCAUUAUUCCUCCUCCACCAAACUUUACAGUUGGCACUAUGCAUUGGGCAGGUAGCGUUCUCCUGGCAUCCGCCAAACCCAGAUUCGUCCGUUGGACUGCCAGAUGGUGAAGCGUGAUUCAUCACUCCAUAAAAGAAAAAACAUGUUUUACCCAUUUGGUAGUUACAGUCUUGUCUCAUCGCUGCAACUCCCGUACGGACUCGGGAGAGGUGUAGGUCAAGAGCCAUGCGUCCCCCGAAACAUGACCCUGCAAAAGGCGCACUGCUUCUUCACACACUGCUCGCUUAACCCGGAAGUCAGCCACACCAAUGUGUCAGAGGAAACACCGUCCAACUGAAGUCAGCUUGCAGGCGCCCGGCCCACCACAAGGAGUCGCUAGAGCACAAUGAGACAAGGAAAUCGCAACCGGCCAAACCCUCCCCUAACCCGGACGACGCUGGGCCAAUUGUGCGCCACCUCAUCACUCAUUUUUACAGGAGCAAUUAGGGUUAAGUGCUUUGCUCAAGGGCACAUCGACAGAUUUUUCACCUAGUCAGCUCGGGGAUUAGAACCAGUGACCUUUCGGUUACUGGCACAACGCUCUUAACCACUGUGCUACCUGCCGCCCCACUCCAGAGAGUGUUUAUAAAGUGAGGUUUUAUUUGACAUUGAAGUGAGGUUUUAUUUGACAUUGAAGUGAGGUUUGUCAUGUUUUUCCAUACCCUAGACCCCAUUGGUUGAUGGGAGUUGUAUUUUUCUCUCCUCCUGCAGAAUCUCAUACUGCACAGCAGAUAAAACUCAGGACAAGGUGUUUGCCUACGUUUCCCAGAGUCAGUUCAACGAGACACUUGAGUGCCACGCCUUCCUCUGCCACAAGAAGAAAAUCGUAAGUGAGCAACAGUUUAUAUUUUCAAAAGACACUCAUCUUACUGUCAUCAUUUAAAAGUUCUGUUUGAUAGUAAUGAUCCUAGACACUGAAUAUCAGAAAUAAGACCUUGAAUAAAUUAAGAAGUUUAUUCACAUGACUUCAUAAGACACAAUAGAAGACCAACCUCCCUUUCUUUAGAUGUAGACUGCAGUAAAAAUGCUGAUGUGUGGCCCCAUCUUGUGGUAACAGUGGGUAGUGCAUGUAUGAUCAUGUUUACUGUAUAUUUGCUUAAACUCUAACAGUAUGGGCCAGUUUAACUAUGGUAGACACCGCUCUGAAUCAGGGCCAGUUUAACUAUGGUAGACACCGCUCUGAAGAUAUAGUUCAGAGCCAUGUGUCAUUCCCUGAGGUUCUUUGAAGAUGUAGCCAAUCAGAGUGUGUUAUUCUCUGAGGUUGUGUGAAGAUGUAGCCAAUCAGAGUGUGUUAUUCCCUGAGGUUGUGUGAAGAUGUAGCCAAUCAGAGUGUGUUAUUCUCUGAGGUUGUGUGAUCUGUCAUUGACAGGCUCAGGCUGUGACGCUAACAGUAGCCCAGGCCUUCAAAGUAGCUCUGGACCUGUGGGAGAUUGCUCAGGAAGGUGAGUACUAAGUCUAACGUUAGCUCAGGAAGGUGAGUACUAACUCUAACGUUAGCUCAGGAAGGUGAGUACUAAGUCUAACGUUAGCUCAGGAAGGUGAGUACUAAGUCUAACGUUAGCUCAGGAAGGUGAGUACUAACUCUAACGUUAGCUCAGGAAGGUGAGUACUAACUCUAACGUUAGCUCAGGAAGGUGAGUACUAAGUCUAACGUUAGCUCAGGAAGGUGAGUACUAAGUCUAACGUUAGCUCAGGAAGGUGAGUACUAACUCUAACGUUAGCUCAGGAAGGUGAGUACUAAGUCUAACGUUAGCUCAGGAAGGUGAGUACUAAGUCUAACGUUAGCUCAGGAAGGUGAGUACUAAGUCUAACGUUAGCUCAGGAAGGUGAGUACUAACUCUAACGUUAGCUCAGGAAGGUGAGUACUAACUCUAACGUUAGCUCAGGAAGGUGAGUACUAACUCUAACGUUAGCUCAGGAAGGUGAGUACUAACUCUAACGUUAGCUCAGGAAGGUGAGUACUAACUCUAACGUUAGCUCAGGAAGGUGAGUACUAACUAACAUUAGCUCAGGAAGGUGAGUACUAACUCUAACGUUAGCUCAGGAAGGUGAGUACUAACUCUAACGUUAGCUCAGGAAGGUGAGUACUAAGUCUAACGUUAGCUCAGGAAGGUGAGUACUAAGUCUAACGUUAGCUCAGGAAGGUGAGUACUAACUCUAACGUUAGCUCAGGAAGGUGAGUACUAAGUCUAACGUUAGCUCAGGAAGGUGAGUACUAACUCUAACGUUAGCUCAGGAAGGUGAGUACUAACUCUAACGUUAGCUCAGGAAGGUGAGUACUAAGUCUAACGUUAGCUCAGGAAGGUGAGUACUAACUCUAACGUUAGCUCAGGAAGGUGAGUACUAACUCUAACGUUAGCUCAGUAAGGUGAGUACUAACUCUAACGUUAGCUCAGGAAGGUCCGUACUAACUCUAACGUUAGCUCAGGAAGGUGAGUACUAACUUUAACAUUAGGUCAGGAAGGUGAGUACUAACUCUAACGUUAGCUCAGGAAGGUGAGUACUAACUCUAACGUUAGCUCAGGAAGGUGAGUACUAACUCUAACGUUAGGUCAGGAAGGUGAGUACUAACUCUAACGUUAGGUCAGGAAGGUAGGUCAUUAAUGCUGUUAAUGCUGUUGAUCUAAGUGUGCAGAGAUUCUUCCCUUUAAGGUCAGACACUCUUCUCUUCUCUUCUCUUCUCUUCACUUCUCCUCUCUGUCCUCAGAUAAAAGUAAGAAGGCCAGGACGUGCUGCUCGUGUUCUGUCAGCGAUGGACAGACAGAGAAGACAAACACACACUGUGUCUCAGGUAGGUCAACUUCCUGGUACUCUUCCUGUAUGACCUUGACAGCUAUUGUUACUGAAGCCUUUGCUGCUCAACUCUAGCACGGCAGGGAGUGUGCAGACGUAGAGCCCUCUGUAAGACACACUCACUGCGCUUGAGGUAAGUUAUUUAGCUACUCUCUACUCCGCUGUCCUCCCGGUGCUCAUGGCUUCAGGGGAGACAGCUUGAGAUUCUGCUAUAGUGGUGCAGGAACGCCUCGGGGGACUUGGCCUGAUCACUACAGUUGAAAGUUUCAGGUCAUUAAAAUUCUACUGCUGUGAUGGCCAUGGCCCAUGGGCUUUCAUUGAUCUACUCUGUCCUGUGACGCAGAGUCAAAGGGACAACAAAAGAUGAGCCUCUUUCUCUCUCUCUACCUCUCUCUCUCUCUCUCUCUUUAUCUCUACCUCUCCCCUCCCUACCUUUCUCUCUAUCUCUCUCUCCUGUAACCUCCCUCCCUCCCUCCCUCCCUCCCUCACUCCUCCCCCCCCCCCGUCGCUCUCUGUCUUAGACUCAGAGAAGCACCAGCCCCUGGAGAAGGAAGAGAAACUGAGACGGCCAUUCUUCUCCAUGUCGUUCAGCUCGCCCCGCAACAAACCCGCCCGGAAACCACCAAUCAAACAUGACUCCUGGGUAGGUCGCGACCUUGGGUUCCAGGCCUCUGAUUGGUCUAACCAGCCUAGUUAUAUAAUAUGA